ACAGAGCCUGUCCCAGCGCCGGCCCGCGCGCACUCCUGCUCCUCUGUUCCCCGCACGGGCUCCGGGCAGCGCCUCGGGGGACCGCGCUGUGCAGACGCCAUGGCGGUGGUGCUGAUCUUCCUGUGUGGCCUGCUGGCCCCUGCCGUCCUAGCCAGCGCCGUUGAGCAGGAGGAGAAGGACCCUUUUCAUUAUGACUACCAGACGCUGAGGAUCGGAGGCUUGGCGUUCGCUGUCGUCUUCUUCUCUGUCGGGAUCCUGCUCAUCCUGAGUCGCAGAUGCAAGUGCGGUUUCAGCCAGAAGCCCCGCCACGGGGCCCCAGAAAACAGAGAACUGAAGGGCCGCCCUCAGGGAAGGUUGUGGGUUGGAACUUGCCGGAUUGUCCUUGCAAGGUUGCUCCUGGCCGCCUUCCUGGAGGUGGUGGCGGGGUUGCUCCUGGCCGCCUUCCUGGAGGUGGUGGCGGGGUUGCUCCUGGCCGCCUUCCUGGAGGUGGUGGCGGGGUUGCUCCUGGCCGCCUUCCUGGAGGUGGUGGCGGGGUUGCUCCUGGCUGCCUUCCUGGAGGUGGUGGCGGGCCUGCAGCUGCCUCUCCGAGCUCGGGGUGAGGACCUCCUGGCCAAGACAUUGGAUCCCUACCACCUCAGUUCCUACGACAGCUCCCCAGGGACACGGCCGGCAGCUCCUGCCAUGGACAGGUGGUACCUGGGUGGCAGCCCCAAGGGGGAUGUGGAUCCGUUCUACUAUGACUAUGAGACUGUCCGCCAUGGGGGUCUGAUCUUUGCUGGCCUGGCCUUCGUGGUGGGGCUCAUCAUCAUCCUCAGCAAAAAACUCCGCUGCUGGGGCCAAAAGAAGCACCGGCCAGGCGCUGAGGACGAGCUGUGA